GUACAAGGCCAUAGCAUCCAGUCUAUAUUUACAGUGACCGUGUAGCGGGUGUAGCAUCAUGAGCUUCCAAGACAAAGUAGUGAUUGUGACUGGCGCCAGCUCUGGUAUUGGAGCAGCCACAGCCAUCAAAUUUGCAGAAGAAGGAGCCAAAGUAGCCUUAGUGGGCAGAAACCAGCAGAAACUAAACAACGUUGCGAAAAAAUGCGGUAAUCCUGUAAUAAUCAUCGCUGACGUGUCGAAAGAUGAUGACGCCAAAAGAGUUAUCGAAGAUACCAUAAGAUAUUUAGGACAGAUCGAUAUUUUGGUGAACAACGCUGGUAUAGCUACACCAGUCAGCAUUCUGUCUGACCGUGCUAUUGAAAUAUUUGAUCAAGUAAUGUCCACAAACUUGCGCGGACCUGUGUACUUGACGCACCUCGCUGCACCCUAUCUUGUGAAAACGAAAGGAAACAUUGUGAACGUAUCAAGUGUUGCUUCCUCUGUAAUUCUGGCUAAGGAGUUCUUUUCAUACAGCGCUUCCAAGGCUGCACUAGAUCACUUCAGUAGAGCAGUUGCCCUUGAACUCGCUGCAAGCGGUGUUCGCGUAAACGUGGUCAACCCAGGACCUGUUCGAACUGAUAUAGUUGAAAAUAUGGGAGCAACGAAGGAAAUCGCAGAUGCCACGUACAACCAAAUGCAUAACAUAACUCCGCUUGACAGAAUUUCGGAACCUGAAGAAAUAGCCGAUCUAAUUUUGUAUUUAGCCAGUGACAAAGCCCGCGCCAUGACAGGAUCGACUGUUGUGACUGACAAUGGAAUGAUUUUAAAAAAUAAUGCCACAAUUCAACGGGAUUAGUAAUUUUUUAAAUGUGUAUAAAUUUCAUUUUAUUAUGUUUUAAUAUGCAAAAUAUACUACCAUUUUCCGUAAAUAACCGUUAUUGACGUAUUUAUGUAUUAGCUGAACCUUGUAUUUAUGUAUUUUGUAAAUAAAUGAAAUGGUUUUAAUACUUUCGCUGAUAAUAUUAUUAUCUCUUUAAUAUUCAUCUGUAAAGAUUAUUAAUAUACUUUUGUGACAUGA